AAACCUGCACACAGAGAUGUUGCGUCCAGCUUGCACCAUAUGCUCUGAAUACUCCUCCUGUAAAUGAGUGGCAUCGCCCUUUAAACUAAACCAUCCAGUAACAAUCGCUUCGGCCUGGCUGGCAACGCGGUGGACCGACUGGCGGAGAUUAGGGAGGUGCUGCCAGUGUAAUAACAAGGUAGAAACGAUGAAAACUCAUCUUUUCAGAAAACGUCAGUGUCCGCAGUCGUGUUGUAGCUAACAUUCAUUGUACUGUAAGCUGACGCCGCGUCCAGCCACGAGCAGCGGCUGCUGCCUUGUUAUGUAGCUGACCUAACGUUAGCUAACGAGCGUUAGCAUGACAGCAUAUAAGCCGAGAGCAGAGAGACAUGCAGCUGUUUGGUGUCGAGUGACAGCUCAGCGAAGUUAACCCACCUUGCCCUUCCGGCAAGCUAACGUACUAACGUUUAGUGUGUUAACGGUUACAAAGCCGCCCUGCUGUGCGACAGAAAGAGCCGUUAAUUCAAAGCCGCCGUCCAACGCCACACGGUGCGAGCUUGUGUUUGGGAACAACAGUUUGAUUUGUCAGGCUUUCCCUCUGCUCCGGUGCCUGUCAAGAGAAUCACAAGAUCUCCUCGGGCAAUUAGAGAGAACAAUGAUACGAACAUGAUCAGCGCCGAUGGCCUCUCUAAAUGCGAGGCGACUCUCCAAAACAGAGGCAGGAGGAGGCCACCCGCAGAGAUGCUCCAUCUGCUGUCAGCUGUCAUUGUUUGGCUGGUGACGGGAACCACCAUCUCCAGCCUCAACAAAUGGAUAUUUGCUGUUUACAACUUCAGGUAUCCUCUGCUGCUGUCAGCGCUGCACAUGCUGACAGCCAUAGUGGUGGACUAUGGGCUGAUCAAGCUGCGGGUGGUCCGUCACAGAGGGGUUGGAGAGCAGGACCUGACCCCCAACGCAAAAUGUAAGGUGUUCCUGUUGAGUCUGACAUUUUGUGCCAGUAUCGCCUUCGGGAACAUGGGUCUGAACUAUGUCCAGUUGUCAUUUGCACAAAUGAUCUACACUACCACUCCGCUCUUUACUCUGGCCAUCUCCUCUCUGAUCCUGGGCAAGCAGCAUCACUUCCUCAAAUACACAGCCAUGAUGCCCAUCUGCCUGGGAGCCUCCUUUAGCAUCAUGGGAGAGGUCCAGUUCGAUCAGACCGGCUGCUUCUUUGUGUUUGCAGCGACCAUGUUGAGGGGAGUCAAGUCCAUUCAGCAGAGCAUCUUACUCCAGGAGGAGAAAAUCAACUCUGUGUUCCUGCUCUACCUGAUGUCCAUUCCUAGCUUCUGCAUCUUGGCCGUGGCAGCUCUGGCCUUGGAAAACUGGGCUGUGCUGGAGUCGCCGCUGCAUUACGACUGCCACCUGUGGGUCUUUAUCUUGCUCAGCUGCCUGGGCUCAGUCAUGUACAACUUGGCCAGCUGCUGCGUCAUCACACUCACCUCUGCCGUCACUCUGCACAUCCUCGGCAACCUGAGUGUGGUGGGAAACCUGCUGUUGUCUCAGCUGCUUUUCGGCAGCGAGCUAUCCGCCCUCAGCUGUGCCGGCGCGGUGCUGACAUUGUCUGGCAUGCUCAUCUAUCAGAACUCAGAGUUUAUCGUCAGCUACAUGGACGCACGGAAGGCCAAAGCUAAAAAGUCCAGAGAGGUGGAUUUUCACACUGUAAGUGGAGAGGACUUGGACACAGGUAGUGCAUCUGAACCAACAUAUCAUCAGCAGAGAACAGACGGGAAACAGGAAGACAAAAUGGACUGAACUGACAAGAUGAAGGAGAGAAUAAAAUGUUGAAGGAUAAAGUGGGAGUUCUGUGUCUUUAAGAGGGAGUGUGACCUUUUAAGGCCAUCGUCACUGAUGAUGUUUUCUUCCCCACUGUGCCAAUUUAUUUCUCCUCUGGUCACACAGAAAUGGAGUCUGAAGACAGGAAAAGGUGGCCUUUAUUUAUCACAGUGAUGGUUAAAUUCUCUCCUUCAUCUGUAAAUCACUCAUAAUAGCCUAUAGCGGUAUAUGCAUGCAUGUGCACACUAAACUGUUUGAUACCUCAUGAGGUAUUCACACUGUCACUCAUACUACUCCACUGUGAAAAUGUGCUCUUUUACAGAGGGCUCUAAUCGAUAUUUUGGGUGGCUGUUGUGGAUAUAGCAGGCCACAUGUGAAACUGAGGUGAGGCGGGGCUGAGAGAACACUCCCCCUCAUAUCUGAACUGGCACAAUUUGUAAUAAAAAUGUAUAUUAAUAGUACUGUUACCUGACAUUCACCCGGCCCUGUCAUGGUAGGGGACUGGGGUUUUUGGCAGCUUUUUUUGUUGUUCGUAUGUGAAGCAGGGAGCUUGGUAUAAGGACACUAAAACUUUUUUUAGAGGCAGAAGUUAUAGUGAUGGACAAAGCCAACAUUUCUGUGCAAUGAGAUGCCUCUUUUCCUCUACUGAAGCACAUUUUAAUAAGAGGCCUGAACGCUGUGUUUUGUCCUCUCCUGUAAACCUCUGGCUUCCCACUUAAGGCCUAGAUUUUAUUCUCAUACCAUUUUUAAAAGAUUGUCUCUGUAGAAUUAGUUCAGUUAUUUCCAUCUUUUACAACAGCACGCUCGCUGCAGCAGUCCUCGAUAAUUAGGUUCAUGAGGUCUCUAAGGAGUGUCACUCAACUUUAUCAGUCUUUUCCCUGCGGAAGAGAUGAGGAAAAUGAAGAUUGAGCUGUCCUUUAAGGUCGCUUCUUAAAUCUAACCUGUGUCAUUUGUUAGGUUGAAUUUUUCCCUUUUUGUGGGUGACAUUUUAAAAAAGAGAAGUUCCAUUUUUUUGUAUGUAUGUGGAAAAAGAUAUUUAUUUUUGAAUGGCCAUAGCAAUCACUUGCUUUGUAACGCUGUAGAUUUUGGUCCUGAAGUAUCUUGCCUACAUGUAAUAUUAGACGGCACUAAUGUCUCCUGUCUUCUCUCUUUAGGGAAAAGUCAGGUAUAUUAGGCAGAAGACUGCAUGCCGUUGAAAGCAUCUUAAAAGAUCUGGGAUGCCUGAUAGGUACAUUCCCUCCUACAUGUAGGGCAUGUCAAAAGUUUAUUUUGAAAGUGUUCUUAGUCCACUGUGUGAAAAUCAAAGACCGUAUAAAAGUAGUGGACGUAGCCACUGUGACUUCACCCAUUUGUUUGUGGACUACUGUUUUGAAGCCUCGAGUUUGAUAUUUUGGCGGUUGCCAUCUUGAUUGUUUGUUGUUUUUUUUGGGUGGGGGUGGGGGUGGGGGUGGCGCCAAAAGUUACCAUAUUUUGAUGAGAGGGUGGAACUGGGGAGGAGCUAGGUGUGGAGCUGAAGUUAUCAGCUAACAAUAGUGCUAGCUAGCUUGUUUAGCCAGGUGCAUCUGUAAUUCACAUCUUCAAAACUGUCAUGUUAAUGGGACACUAAUUUUAGCUAGCAACAGGUCAAUGUGGUAGUGAUAUGUCAAUCACAAGGUAUCCAUUCUCUAAAGCAUACCUUACUUUUUCAUCCAUUUCACUCUAAAUGGGACCAUAUUUUAAAAAAUGAACAUUGUGCUGUAUUGAAGAAGACUUGAAACUAGUGAUUGAGACCAUGAAUUCAUUAGGAAGGUGUUUACUGAGGUAAUAAAUCAAGUGAGAUCAUUUUCUCAGUCACUUCUUUACAAUACUCCUUUUUGUUGCAUCCAGUGGAGUCGCCCCCUGCUGGCCAUUAGGAAGAAUGCAGGUUUAAGGCACUUUAUACUGGCUUCACUUUUCAGACCCAGAGGCUACAUCCACUUCUUUUGUACAGUCUAUGGUGGUAAUACUGGUUCUGUCAGUGACUAGACAUGCUAACGUCCUGUUUUGAGCUCUCACAAAACAACAAAUAACAGAAGAAGUUUUCCGAACAGCCGCCAUGUUUUCUGUAUACAGUAUUUUGCCGUAAUGAUAACUGCUGACAGGAUUGUAUGUUGAAAGGUUUUACUAAAUGUAUCACUGAUAACAUUUCAAGGUGCCAUUGAUAAAAUUACACUGUCCUGAGCAUCAUAUCAUGUGAUCCUUGAUGCUUUUCAAAAUAUCCCAAGAAAGAAAUGAACCAGUUUGCUUUGUUUUAAAAUUUCAAAACACUAACUGGUGUUGUCAGCAAUUCUCAAUUACAAGUUUAAAGAGAAUGUACAGCAGAUCAUUUCAUUGGUUUUACCUUAUUGAUUACCUCAGCUGUUAAAUAGGACUUGUUAUGCCCUUGUGGUCAUUGAUUACUAACUUUUUGGACUGAGAUCAAGGAGCUUUUCAAUACCCAGAAUAGAACUGCAGCAUGUGUAUGAUGGAUUUUAUUGUGGUCAAUAAAGAAGACAUCUGAUCACAGAUGUCAACAUAUGCUAAAAUAGAACCGCCUCAGCCGUCAUUGUUUUGGUUUUGUAACCUCAGUUUGGAAGGUUUGGCUGCUCAUGUUGGGUAGAUGAUGAGCGUGGGGCAACAGACAAUGUGUACAUAUUGGUUUGGAUUGUUUGCAAAGCUACUUUGGUUGUAAAUAGUUAUUUUAUUAUAUUUAUGUAUUUUCUAGUCAUGUUAAUGUUUUAAACUGUACUGGUUAAAGAAUGAAACGUUUGCCUCAUGCCUUAUUUGGACAUUAUGUAGAUAAGAAAGGAUUGAUGAUUUUUAUUUGUUGUUUUGGUCAAAUUGUUUGUUUAAUACUUUGAAUGAAUGCCAACAGCAGCCACGCUUGCUUCUGUUUAGGGGCAAAGAUGUGGGUGAUUCAUAAAAACAUGAUCUGCAAUUGCUUGAAUAAAAAUAAAUGGGCUGGUACAAUAAUAAACAAUAAAGAAACCAACCCCCUUA